CAUAAUUGCGAUAAGCAACGUUAUCCAUUACAGUUACACGUGACUGUAACAAAGUCCGUGCGUCAACCGUUUGGAAGGUAGCAUCAAUUUAGAAGCGCGACUUGACUGAAGUUAACUGUGCCGUUUAAUUGUAUAUAAAUAUAAUCAAUAAACAUCACAUUUCUUUCAUCCGAUGAUAUAUCACACCUAACUAAAUCCAUUAUGCCUUCAUCGGAUUCAGUCGCCAUCUCACCACCAGCUCAAAAAGCUAAGGUUGGUGAGAUCUCCAAGGACAAGGAUAAAGAUGCUCAGACGCAACCUGUUCAGAUCAUAGCAUCCUUGGAGGCUCAAUUUGUUAGACACCUCCAGCCAGCCCUGCUCCUCUCCUUGCUCCUCGUCCGCUUCAAAGCUCUAGUGGCUGAUCCGGUAUCAGCCAUGUCAAGCUCUCUUCCCGUGGUUGUAGCCAUACAAGUCACAUACGCCGUUGUGUGUCUGCCCGCUGUAGGCUCUCAUGUUGCAAAGCCAGUUAAGAAGGCUCGACCCGGAGAGAAGAAGAAGGCUGGAUUGGAGAGCACGGGACCAAACAUAGCGGUUACAACACUUGUCGCCCUCAUACUGUCAGCCAUAGCAAGUGUGGCAUUGCAUGUUGUCCUUGUUCUCUUUGGUGCCCCUUUCUUAACCCACAUCGAGAAUACGUUCUUAUGCUCGACGCAUCUGUCCGUCUUAGGUCUUUUCCCAUUGUUCUACACACGUGGUGUGUCGAGCAACGACUGGCAUGAGAUCCUGAGUGCCAGUGCCCCGUUCGACGAGGCUUUUGGGGGCCUCAUCGGCGCCUGUGUAGGAGCUUGGCUCGGCGCCGUUCCUAUUCCUCUGGACUGGGACCGGGAGUGGCAGAAGUGGCCUGUGACCAUAGUUUGUGGGAUUUAUGCGGGCUACUUGGUUGGGAAGUUACUAGGAGGUACUGUGGCCCUCGCAAAGAGGCUUUCUUGACAUCAGACUGGCAGAGCUUGUAGGCGGACUGUGUGCUCCACGGCAAGUAUACAUCGUCACCUGUACCAUUGCCUCUAAGGGCUCGGCAUCAAUAUUUCGUGGGGAUUACUUAGUUUCCACCCAAUCAACUAAAUUCUAAU